GCUAGUUGAAGCUGAAGCCCUACCGGGUGGAUUACGACAGGAUUUCGGAAUUCGAAAGUAUCUUCAUUCCUCGCAAACACAAGAUAAAUCUGUCUAGGAGUAUUUCACCACCUACAAGGGAACGCAAAGAUGAUGGGCGACGAGCAACCGAAGACCCUGUACGUGGGAAAUCUUUCUCGGGAUGUGACGGAGGCCCUCAUCAUGCAAGUGUUUGCUCAGAUUGGCCCAUGCAAGAGCUGUAAAAUGAUCGCCGAUUCUGCAGGUAACGAUCCGUACUGCUUUGUGGAGUUCUACGAACACAAUCACGCUGCUGCCGCCUUGUCCGCUAUGAACGGGCGUAAAAUAUUGGGCAAGGAAAUGAAAGUCAAUUGGGCCUCAAUGCCAAGCAGCCAGAAGAAAGAUACUAGCAAUCAUUUCCACGUGUUUGUCGGUGACCUGAGUCCCGAAAUCACCACAGAUGACGUCAGAGCCGCGUUUGCUCCCUUUGGAAAAAUUUCGGAUGCUCGUGUGGUGAAGGACUUGGCCACAGGGAAAUCCAAAGGCUAUGGCUUUGUUUCAUUCUUCAACAAAUGGGAUGCGGAGAACGCCAUCCAGCAGAUGGGUGGGCAGUGGCUGGGGGGCAGACAGAUCCGGACGAACUGGGCCACGCGGAAGCCACCAGCGCCAAAGGCCACUUCAGACUCCAACACAAAGCACUUGUCCUUCGAUGAGGUGCUGAACCAGUCCAGUCCCAGCAACUGCACUGUCUACUGCGGCGGAGUCGUCACCGGCCUCUCAGAGCAUGUGAUGAGACAGACAUUCUCUCCAUUCGGCCACAUUAUGGAGGUUCGGGUAUUCCCAGAGAAGGGCUACUCCUUCAUAAGGUUCGGUACUCAUGAAGAGGCAGCCCACGCCAUCGUGUCUGUGAACGGCUCGUCCGUGGAGGGCCACACAGUUAAGUGCUACUGGGGCAAGGAGACGCCAGACACCAUGAGCCCCAUGCAGCAGAUGCCUCAGCAAAACAAGGUAGGCUACACUGCUCCCCCUUACGGAGGCCAGUGGGGCCAGUGGUACAGCAACACCCAGCAGAUUGGCCAGUACGUGCCCAACGGCUGGCAGAUGCCCUCCUAUGGCAUGUAUGGCCAGGCCGCCUGGAACCAGCAGGGCUACGAGUGAGAAGUGGACGGGCCAGAGGGCAACCCCACCGCCCCCGCCCCAACCCAUUUCUCCAGGGUUCCAGCCAAAACCACCCACCCUCUGGACCACAGACCUUCCAAGCCCUGCAGGGAGAUGGACACACACACACACACACACACACACACACACGCACACUCUCACACACACACGGCAGUAGCCAGAAAUUUGUCCACCACACACACAAGCAGACAUACACACAGCAUACUUAAACAUGUACCCUGUUUUGUCAUGAAAAGGAGAUAGAUCCAUACAUUUCUGUCUUUUCUUCCUUCGCUCCUUUUACGUUAAAAAUGCUCUGUAAAUGGAACACUGCAGCUUAGCUGCUCUCUUUUUUUCAUUUGUUGAAACGGACUUUUCCCUUUUUUUCUCUCUCUCUUUCUUUCUCUCUCUCUUUCUUUCUGUAUCUGUUUCUCUCGUCAUUGACGUGUAUUUCUUUCUUGUUCGUACUUAAUGAUGGUUUCGUCUCUGUGAUGAGCUGCCAUUUUAGAUAAAGCUCCCAAGUCUCAUCCAGGCGUGCUGGGGACUCGAUGGAUCGGUUAUGCCCCCCCACCCUUUUGUCUGUCCCAAGCGUCCCCUUGGCAUGAUGGAUUGACACGGGCAAUGUACAGUCCUCUGCUUGCAGAGUUGGUCUUUUUUCUUUUUUUCCCCCUUUUUAAGCAAUCCACCCAAACCCGCUUACAUGAAACUCUUUAAGACGAAGUAAAAUGGUCACAAUAUUGUCACAUAAUUUAUUUUUAUGCUUUGCCCCACCCUCCAUCUUGCAGAAAGAUAACAAGCACCCUUGUAGUUGUUAAAACCACUGGGUUUUUUCCUCUUCUGUCACCAUGGGGGGUGAGUUUACUUGACAUCGUUUUUCACGUCCCAAAUUGUGGAUUCGGCUUUUCCCAUGAUUUUGUUUGUUUUGUUCAUGGGUCAAGUUUCUUUUCUUUCUUUUUCUUUCUUUUCUUUUUUAAACAGAAACAAGCAAACAAGAAACAUGCCUUUUUUGUUUUCAUAAAGGAACAUUUGUUGUAUAUGAUAACUUGUGUAAGACAUAAUGAAAGAUGCUUAAAAUCAGGUUGUACUUGCAUUUGGAGACAUAUUAGUAAAUUCAUGUAUGUAAAAGAUUGAUAACUGUGCUUUUUUUCCCCUCCCCCUCUCACGACAGUCCCUCGACUCGGUCAUUCAAAACAUUCAGGUCCACCUGCCAUGAUAUCCAUAUUGGUCUGAAUGAGAUGAGAUAUGCAAUUUUAGUCAAACUGUUUUUACAUUUCUUCUUUGUUUUGCACUGUAACAUUAGUAGACCAAAGACAUCUGUGGCCACAGUAGCUAAAUUAUUUAUAACUGUUGAAGCAUUGAUGGAUGCUGGUCCUAAUGUUUUUUUAGUGCACCACAAGUACACAAUUAGGUGUAAUAAACCUCGGUGUGACAGGAUUUUUUUUUUUUUUUUUGGGUACGACCUCAAAUUUAUCUUUGCCAUGUCAAUAAACAGAAAAAAAAGAUCUCAGCAUUCAGCAUACAUGUUCAUAAAUUGCUUUCCCUCAUAAGUACUUUAUACGUGACGAUAUUCAUUAAUUAACAACUUAUCUUUUUGAAGUAUUAUAUUGGAAAUCCUUUAUGACAGAAGGGGUAAUUAAUUACUUUGCUCAUCCACAUGAACGUUCCAGUACAGUUUGAUAUAUUCCUAGCAUGAAGUUUUUUUUUCAUUAGUUAAAUUAUAUGCCGUUUUUCUUUGACAUAUUUUGUAAAAUAGCUUAAUUGAUGGAAAUUUCCCCAUAAUUUGUAAAUACAGCAAAGAAUGACGUGAUUAUUUUUUGCCUUAUUUAGGAGUAGUUCACUUAGGUUCAUCUUAAUGUCAAGGCAGUGCCUGAGGACACCUACAGAACAAAAAUCAUUUUUUAAGAAGGGUGUUUCAUUCCUGUUUGUUUUGAGAUAUCUAUGCUACUUUGAUCAAUACUUUCUUGCUUUAUCUGAUUAAAAUGCUGAUGCAUGGAAAAAACAAAA